CUGUAUAAAGGAGCAGCCGUUAACGAGAUUCAGACACAGACACAUCUCCCACUGACAGGAUGAAGAUACUUGUUGUUCUCAGUGUCCUGCUCACUGUCUCCAGCGCCAAAAUCCUUUCACGAUGUGAAGUUGCACGUGCUGUGAAGAAUUCUGUAUUGGCUAUGUUUACCCAGUACAGUGUGGCCGACUGGGUGUGCAUGGCCUACCACGAGACUGGGUACAACACACUGGCGUUGCGAUAUGAGAAAGACAGUGAGGGAAAAAUCCAGUCAGGAGACUAUGGGAUCUUUCAGAUUAACAGCAAACGGUGGUGCACGGAUGACAUGUUUCCGAAUGGUGCAGAUGAAUGCCACAUGAACUGCAACACAUUCCUGAGCAGUAAUGGUGAUAUACAAACUGACAUCGAUUGUGCAGCAGUGAUAGUGAAUGAACAAGGAAUGCAGGCCUGGACCUCCUGGGUUAAGAACUGCAAGGGGAAAUGGAUUGAUUAUUACACAUUCUUUUGCUUCUAGUAAAGGUGGAGGAGAUCGUGUUGACCAAACCCUCUCGCUUUGACACAUCAGACCAUGGGACACUUUCACUAUCUAGUUCUGCAUUGUUAAAACAGUGAAAGCUUCAAACAGGAACAGUGUCUGUUACAUCAUGCUGAAAUAAAGAUGUGUUAAUAUCAAA